AUGGCGGCCAUCACGGACCUGUCCUUCAUGUAUCGCUGGCUCAAGAACUGCAAUCUGGUGCGCAACCUCUCGGACAAGUACGUCUUCAUCACGGGCUGUGACUCGGGCUUCGGGAACCUGCUGGCCCGGCAGCUGGUAAACCGGGGCAUGCGGGUGCUGGCGGCUUGCUUCACCGAGGAGGGGGCCCAGAAGCUUCAACGGGACACGUCCUAUCGGCUGCAGACCACCCUACUGGAUGUCACCAGGACGGAGAGCAUACAGGCAGCGACCCAGUGGGUGAGGGACCAAGUAGGCGAGCAAGGCCUCUGGGCCCUGGUGAACAAUGCUGGUAUAGGCCUGCCCAGUGGACCCAAUGAAUGGCUGACAAAGGAGGACUUUGUGAAGGUGAUCAAUGUGAACCUGGUGGGACUGAUCGAAGUGACCCUCCAUAUGCUGCCCAUGGUCAAAAAAGCUCGGGGCAGGGUCGUCAACAUGUCCAGCUCUGGUGGUCGUGUGGCUCUCAUUGGUGGUGGCUACUGCGUCUCUAAGUUUGGUGUCGAGGCCUUCUCUGACAGCAUCAGGCGUGAGCUCCACUACUUUGGGGUGAAAGUGAGCAUCAUUGAGCCAGGGAACUAUCGAACAUCCAUCCUGGGCAAGGAGGACAUGGUGUCCCGCAUGCGAAAGCUGUGGGAGCGGCUGCCCCAGGAGACCAAGGAUAGCUACGGAGAGGAGUACUUCCGCAACUAUACUGACAAGUUAAAAAACAUGAUGCAGUCGGCAGAGCCGCGGAUCCGCGAGGUCACCAACAGCAUGGAGCAUGCCAUCGUUUCCCGGAGCCCCCGGGUCCGCUACAACCCUGGCCUCGAUGCCAAACUGCUCUACCUCCCACUGGCGAAGUUGCCCACCCCUGUGACAGAUUUCAUCCUGAGCCGGUACCUUCCAAGGCCAGCGGACAGUGUCUGAGCUGGGGAAGCCCAGGGGUGGUCUGGGGAGUGUGGAGGAGGGAAGGGGUAGGAGAAGAGUCUGUAGGGCCACAAGAGUGGUAUCAGACAUUCUGGUGGACACUUUGCUCGGGUGACACCCACUGCUGGAGAAUUUAUGGAUAACUUCUAGCAGAAGACAAGUGCCUCUUCCCACUCGCUGGGCCUCCACAGACACCUGAGGUGGCCUUUCCAGGGGCAAAGACCCCAAGAACAUCUGUCACUCAUUCAAGAUAUGGCUUUUUCUGGACCUGGAAAUGUCAAGGGGAGGAAAACAAGCCCCUGCUGAAUCCUGAGCCUCUCUCAGUUACCACCACCGCUGGGAAACACUGCAGGAUAAUCUAGCCCGCAGAGGCAUCGUGUCAACCACUUUCCGCCUGGGUCUCUAACUACGUAUUCGCCUCAUUCCCACAACCCAUUAUUUGAAGUAUGUAGUAGGGCAGACAGGGAGUGCAAGAUUGUAUCAGGUAAAAGUUCAUAUUUUCUUUCUAUAUACAUUUCUCUGUUCACAGGUGAUUGGGAUUCACAUAAAAUAACAUUUAUUUAUUUAAUCGCCAUUGAUUAAUUUUUCAAAUAUUUAUUGUCUACAACAUUCCAGGCACUGUGUAAGUGCUGGAAGGAUCUAAAGAUGAUUAAAUCAUGGUCUUGGUUUUUUUUUAUUGUUUAUUUUGUGGUUUUGUUUUUUUAGCACGAUAUCUAGCAGCAGAGAUAGGACAAACAGUGAUAGAAGAAACAGAAAUCAGAAAAUCACAUUUUUAGAGCUAUGAGGAACCCAGAGGCCAUCUGAUCCAGUAGUUCCCACUGUACCUCAUCAUCACCUAGUUCAUUAAAAAUACAGAUUCCUGGCCUCAAUGUUAAAAUAUCUGAUUCAGUAGCUUGAGAUGGGCCCCAGGAAUCUGUGUUCGUAACAAGGUGACAAUUCCGAUGUCUAUGGCCGCCUGGGAACCACUGACAGCUCCAUAGCAGUACUGAGCGCUCAGGGGAGGAAGUGAUCUGACCAAGGCUUCUCAGCAUGGUGGCCAAGACAAAAUUCAGGGGUUCAGAUUCCCAAAGCAGAGUUAAUACAUUUUUGACAUUAGCAACAUUGUCAAAUAAGUCAUGAAACUGUAUUAAAACACCUUAAACUUCUAAGUCAUGUGAAAUUCUAUUGAAAAGACUUUUUUGGACUCCUAGAUGGUUCAGUCAGCUAAAUGUCUGCCUUCAGCUCAGGUCAUGAUCCCAGGGUCCUGGGAUCCAGCCCUGCAUCGGGCUCCUGUUCAGCAGGAAGUCUGCUUCUCUCUCCCUCUGGCACCCCCUGUCUCCCCCCAUGCUCUCUAUCAUUUUCUUUCAAAUAAAUAAAUAAAUACAAUCUUUUAAAAAAGAAAAGACUUUUUUGGUUUUGAGGAGUGGUUAUGUAAUAAAGGUCAAAUGUGAAUUUUUUAAAUUAAAA